AUUAGGUACCUGGUUAUAGGCCUACCUGGUUAUGUAAGGGCUAUUGACGUACUUGUCCCUCUCUUCAUCUUCCGUUUUGAAUAAUAUCCGCGCUAAGGUAGGUCACACACCCGCUAUUGCAUAAAGCAUAUCUCAUGGUGGGGUCGUAUGUACAACUGCAACCCAAAUGAAUUUCCAAAGUCGAUGGUGACUCAGGACCGACCAAUUCCUCGAAAUAACGAAUUGCGCAAAUACACCUGGCCUCUAGGCUCUGUUCUACCCUCAUAAGGGGCCAUAUAGAAGAUGCCUACCAUAUCAGUCAACAAAUAUGACCUCUACGAGGCUCUGGGUCAACAGUUCACCACCGCCGAGUUUGAAGAGUUAUGUUUCGAGUUUGGUAUCGAGCUAGACGAAGAUACCGAGAAUGAAGAGAGACCUAUCGUGGAUGGUGUCCAAGAACCUCCCCAGCUGAAGAUCGAGAUCCCCGCCAACCGAUAUGACCUACUCUGCUUCGAGGGUAUAGCCCUCAUGCUCAACAUCUUCCGGGGAAGGCAGCCCACUCCCAACAUCAGAUUAACCCAGCCUGUCUCCGGGAGUAUGCAUACCAUCACUGUCCUCGAGGAUACUAUGAAAGUGCGGCCGCUGGUCGGUGGCGCCAUCUUGCGCAAUGUCAAGUUCACCCAGAAGAACUAUGAUUCCUUCAUCGCCCUUCAAGACAAGCUACACCAGAACCUCGCCCGCCAGCGUACGUUAGUCGCCAUCGGAACUCACGACUUGGAUGCUAUCAAGGGACCCUUCACGUACGAGGCGCGACCGCCGCAAGAAAUUGUCUUCACGCCCCUCAACCAGACCAAGCAGAUGAAUGGAGAGGAACUGAUGGCUUUCUACGAGAAGGAUAAGAAUAUAGGUAAAUACUUGCACAUCAUCCGGGACAAUUCAGUUUACCCUGUAAUCUACGACGCGAAUAGGGUAGUCCUCUCGCUGCCACCCAUCAUCAACGGCGACCAUUCCAAGAUCUCUCUCAACACCAAGAACGUCUUUAUAGAAUGUACGGCAACGGACCAGACCAAGCUGGAAAUUGUCGUCAACAUGAUGGUCGCAAUGUUCUCCGUUUAUGCCGAGGAGCCCUUCACCGUCGAGCCUAUCAAGGUCAUAUCCGACCACAACGGCCAGACGCGGAUAACACCCAACCUAACACCACGAACAACGACUGUCGAGGUCGACUACUUGAACGGUUGCCUUGGCCUCUCCGAGUCCGCCGAGAACAUCAGUAAACUCCUCUCAAAAAUGGCCUUAGCAGCUAAGCCCUCGAGCGAGGACCCGAACGCCCUAAUAGAAGUCACGAUACCACCGACGCGCGCCGACAUACUCCAGAGGUGCGAUAUCAUGGAAGAUGUCGGCAUCGCGUACGGAUUCAACAAGCUCCCCAGGAUGACCGUGACCAAGACAGUCGGCGCGCCCCUGACUCUUAACAAACUAGCCGACAUCGUGCGCCUUGAGUCCGGCAUGGCCGGCUGGUCCGAGGUCAUGCCCCUGAUCCUAUGCAGCCACGACGAGAACUUCGCAUGGCUGAACCGCAAGGACGACGGCACCAAAGCAGUUAGACUCGCCAACCCCAAGACCGCCGAGUACCAGAUCGUACGCACGUCGCUACUCCCCGGCUUACUAAAGACCAUCCGCGAGAACAAGGGCGUGGCCCUCCCGCUCCGCAUCUUCGAGACUUCGGACGUCGUGUUCAAGGACCCUAGCGUGGAGCGAAAAGCCCGCAACGAGCGCCACUUCGCCGCUGCUUGGUACGGCAAGGCUUCCGGUUUCGAGGAGGUCCACGGCCUACUCGACCGCGUCAUGGCUAUGCUGCGCCAGGCCUUCCUGACCCACGACGAAGGCCUCACCGGCAAGGACAUGGAUUUCAAAGUCACCCCCGAACACCUCAAGCGCGACGGCUACUGGCUCGAGCCCAUCGACGACGAGGCUACUUUCUUCCCCGGCCGCGCUGCUGCCGUCUUCGCCCGCCUAAGCGGCAAGACGGCGCGAAUCGGCGAGUUCGGCAUCUUACAUCCCUCCGUCCUCGAAAACUUCGAGCUCAAGUACCCCGUCAGUGCUCUCGAAGUCAAUCUUGAGGUCUUCUUAUAAAGCGGUGGUAGAAACGAGACGAGACGCGACGCGACGAGAGGAAGUGAAGUGAAGUGAGGGUAGUAGAGAAGAUAGCUUAGAGCUAGACGGUGUUGCUAUCUGUGUCUAUUUCCCGCGAGGAUGAAAGACUACCUAGGAAUAAAAAAGAAACCGCAGGUGAUAUGAGAUUUAGGUAAAAAACACCUAGAAUAGGUUGAUAGGAAGAAUUCCUAGCAUCAUCCAAAACUUCUAGC